AGCUAGCUUGUAUAAUAUAGAGAUAUUAUUCAAGUUCUAAUUCCAUGGCGAAGUCAAGCAACCUUGUUUGUUUGAUAAUCUUGUAUGCAACCGCUCUCAAUUUCAUUGGGUGUUAUGCAGCUGCGCAGUCAUCCAAGAAACUAUUGUUUGUGUUUGGAGACUCACUCUUUGAUCCUGGCAACAAUCAGUCCCUCAAUAGUUCAAUGGAAAGCACAGGAACGUAUUUUCCUUAUGGUAUGACUAUGAACAACAAAUCCACAGGCAGAAUAUCGGAUGGCCUUCUGGUUCCUGAUUUUAUUGCCCUAUUUAGAAACCUUUCAGUGGAUCCACCAUACAUGCAACCAGGAGCUGAUUUAACUAAUGGGGCUAACUUUGCUUCUGCUGGAUCUGUUGUACUAGGAGAAAGUAAUGGAGUGAUGAAUCUGAACACACAGUUGGAGAAUUUCAAGAAGGUGGUAACUUUAUUAGUAGAAAAGAAAGGUGAGCAAGAAGCCAAGAACAUUUUAACGAGCUCUGUGUACUUAUUCAGCAUGGGAGGCAACGAUUACUUUAGGUAUAACAUGCAGUACUCCAAUUCCUCUAAAUCUGAAAGAGUGGCAUUCAUGCAGACGGUGGUAGCCAACUUAACAAAUGGGUUCAAGGAAAUAUAUGCACCGGGAGGAAGGAAAUUUGCGAUCCAGAAUGUUGGACCAUUAGGUUGCUUGCCAUCCACAAAAGCAAAUCACCCUGAAUUGAAUGGUACUUGUGUUGAAAAUUUUUUAACACACCCAAGAUUUAAAUACUCCAUCAUGAAAUACUAGUACACUCUUGGUGAUAGAAUAAAUAACACUACAAAA